AUGGCACCUCCGGAAAUGGAUGGCGGCGCCAUUGAAACAGCUGCUGAACAACUGCGUAAUGUCGCUACUGAUCUUGAGGGAUUUGCUGACUGCCUACGUCCAGUCAUUGGGAUAACGACGUCAAUAGGCGCCGACAAGUUCAUACUUUCUGUUCUCAAAAAGGACAUCAGAAGCUCAAGUCAAAAAGUCCUCGAAUGUGUGACUUCAGUCAUUGCUCUCCACACGGAGGAUUUGCGCCUGAUUCAGUCCCAUGGGCAGGCUCUUCAAGAGGCUAACUGCGCUCUUGAUCAAAAAACGGCCGAAGUCAGCCGGCUCACGGACAAGCAAUCCGAACUGGACGGGGAGAUCACCCGUCUCAAUGCCUCCCAUGCAGAUCAGCUGGCUGCACUGAAGGCAGAGCAUACCUCCGAGAUCGAGAAGCUCACAGAGUCCCUUGGAGCCAAGAGGACAGAAAUAGGCCUGCUCAACGUGAAUUUUGAGAACAACGUGGCGCAGCUGAGAAGCGACCAUCAGGCUCAAGUCAAGACGUUGGAAGAGGAGCGAUCCCAGCGUGAUACGAUCAUCAACGAUCUCAAGACUUCACAAAGGACUGAUGUCGAGAAGCUCAUCCAGUCUCAUACAACGCGCGUGGAGCUACUUGAGUCGGAGAUAGCCAGACUCAAUUCCGCGCACGCAGUUGUGACCCGGGAUCUCGAGAAGAGCCAUGUUGACCGCAUGGAGGAAGCGGAAGAGCAUUGGGACAGGAAACGCUCCGAGAUCCAGCAGGGUCAUAACGCUGCAUGUGAGGAACUUCGCCUCAAAUACUUUGAGCAGAUCGACGGGUUGCAGCGCAAGAACACCGAGCUCCAACAGAGUCAUGAUCUUGCUCUUGACGACCUUCGCCUCAAGCACACCCAGGCUACCGAGCGCGACCGAUCCCAGCUGAGAGACUCGCAUGAAGCCGCGCUCAAGAAGCUUAGCGACGAGCACGCCCAGACUUUGCAGGACAAUGCGUCUGCGGUCGAUGGGCAGAUCAGCCAGCUUCAAAUGUCCCAUCAAGCCGCAGUCGAGCUGCUCCGCCAAGAGCACGCCAACGCUCUAGAGGACAUCAAGGCAGACCACGACCGGGAGAUCACCAGGCUCAACGCAGUCCUCGACACGGCUACAGGCGCAGUCGAUGUACUCAAGCAGGAACAUGCGUCCCAGGUCGUCGCAAAGGAUCGAGAAAUCCUGGAUCUCCGGCAGCUCCUGGAUGCGAAGAAGCGGGAGCUCGAGGCAAUCAGCGGAGAACACUCACAAGCUAAUGCACGGCUCGUCGAGACCACUGGCUGGCUGACGCAAGCCCAAAGUGUUGUAGCAGAACUUCGUGAGACUGUGGACCAGUUGAGAGAGUCUAUACUCCGCAAGGAAGCACAAAUUGGCGUACUUGAUGGCGAGCUGGCCGAUGCCCAGGACCAGCUGGUCGCUAGACGUCAAGACUCAGAUGCCAGGGAGUUGGCUCUGCGCGAGAAGUUGGUUGAAGAACAACAACUCGUCGCACGAAUUUGUCGGGAACAGAGAGACUCCGACCAUCGCAAUCAAGAAGACUUCCGAGACAUGAAGAAUUCUUACAACGAUUGCGUCCAGUCCAUUGAAGCCGAAAUGGAGCUGGAGCGUCUGCAAGGCGAGGAAGAACUCGAAUCUCUGCGGCGUGAACUCCAGAUCACUCGGCGCGGGCUUGAUAACCAGCGUGCGCUCGUUGAAGACCGCCGUCGAGAGUUCGAGAAGGCACUCGCUGCAGGAGAGGAGCAGAAGGAGAUCGACCGGGCACAGCGUGAAGAAGAGCUCAAGGCCGAGCUCGAGGAGCGCGCUGCCGACGAGGCGUUCCACGUCUACCGAGUGCGGAUCGACUUUCUUGAACAGGAAGUUCAAAGUCUCAAGACCGAGCAACAAGCCAAGGUCGACGAAGCACGUCUGGAGGUCGCCACGGAAGAUACGGUAGUUCUGGACGAACUCGUCGAGUCUCAUCAAGCCGAGGUUGACCAGUAUGAGACCGAAAAAUCGGAACUCGUGGCAGAGACCGAGCGCUUGGAAGUUGAGAAGAGGGAGCUCCAGUCCAAUUUCGCUGGGCGGUUGGACGCCGAGAAGAGAAAGAUCCAGUCUCAAUUUGACAAGCAAGUCUCUGCCCUUCUGGCACAACGCCAGAAAGAGAUAGACGAAGCUGUCCGAGUCGCCCUUUGUGCGCAAACCAAUCGCAUCACGAAACUGCAGUUGCAGGUGGAUGACAGAGAUACCACCAUAGCCAUCCUGGAAGAACGGCGGCAGCAACGAGAUGCCGCUCGUGACAGCGUAGAGGACGCUCAACCCGAUGCUCAUGUUGCCAAAGAUAUGCCUGAAGGCAUUGAACAAUCGGUGGGUGACAGGCACGAACGGAGCUUAUCCGACAUAAAUUUCGAUCCUUACAUCUUCGAUGAUGCCGUCGAGAGUACUGCACAACAAGUUGCAGAUGGUGAGGAUCGUCUCCCUGGAGUGGGCGACCCAAGCGAGACGGACACGACGCCAGGACCUGCUGGUGAUCAACCAACACCCACAGUGCCAUCGGUGCCGUCCGCGCCUGAUACGGCACAAGCGCCAGCAGUGCCUUCCGGGUCUGCUACGUCACCAACGCCAGCGUUGAUGAACACCCGCUCCAAACGCAAGUCUGCCGACCCCCAGGCGCAGGAAGGCCAGAAGCGAAGCCGCAAGAAGGUCCCAGGCGCGGAAGCACACGCCAACGGCCAGGCCCUGCUGUCCAAGUUCUGCAUUGCGUGGAAUGCCACCGCAGAAGAACGACGCAUGAUUGAUGCGACGUUUCGCAUCUUCUUCAGCCUGGGCAAGGACCCUGCUGCGGUCGAAGGAAAGAUUGAUCAAUACUGCAUGGGAACGUUUACCAGGCGGCCGGUCUAUCCUCCGACUUGUUUCCACGCAGCGAUCUUGGGUCACAAUUCUGGUUCAGGUGGCAGUAACCAUGCCCAGGUCAACUGUAAGGAAUGCAACAAGCUGGGCACAGUAUGCAUGUGGGCCAAGUUCCAUCCUGACGUGCAUACCGGCUAUGGCGACCGUGACGAAAACGGCGUUGUUCCGUCAGGAGAAGCUCGCGCCUACAAGCCUGACGCAGAACCAAGAACAAUCCAUGUUGAGGGUCGUGAUAUCCGCUGGAUCCUGAAGAGGCGCAAAGAGACGCCUGUAGCUCCAGACGAGACUGACUGGGAUCUUGGGGGCAAGGUUGUGUAA